UUCUCUUUCUCUCUCUUCAAUUCCAAGCCUGAAUCUAAAAUUCAAAGCACAGAACAAACAAACCCAUAUUUCCAAAACCUACCUGUCAACUCAAGCAGAGUGAUAUAGAGUAUCAUAUCAUAUCUUAUCCCUCUUCUAUCGCACGCACAACAUAACUAACUAUGGAUAGGUAUCAGAGGGUAGAGAAGCCCAAGGCUGAGACUCCGAUAAACGAGAACGAGAUACGGGUUACUACUCAAGGAAGAAUGAGGAAUUACAUCACCUACGCUACCACACUCUUUCAGGAGAAAGGAUCCAACGAAAUUGUUCUCAAAGCAAUGGGGCGCGCAAUAAAUAAGACUGUAAUGAUUGCUGAACUGAUCAAGAGAAGGAUUAUUGGCUUGCAUCAAAAUACCGUAAUUGGAUCAACUGAUAUAACUGACACAUGGGAACCACUUGAAGAAGGCCUUCUUCCUUUGGAGACUACUCGCCAUGUUUCGAUGAUCACAAUUACCUUGUCAAAAAAGGAACUGGAUACGUCCUCCACAGGAUAUCAACCUCCACUUCCAGUUGAUCAAGUAAAACCUUUAAAUGAAUAUGAAGAGGAAGGAGAAGCCUCACCAAGGAUGCGAGGAAGAGGGCGUGGUCGUGGAAGGGGCCGGGGUAGAGGAAUUUACAAUGGAGGUAUGGAAUAUGGUGAUGGUUGGGACGGUGGACGUGGCUAUGGUGGAAGAGGCCGUGGCCGUGCCAGAGGGCGUGCUUUUCGGGGACGGGGACGAGGCUAUGGUGCCCAGCCAGUUGGGUACUAUGACUAUGGUGAAUAUGAUGCUCCACCUGCCCCACGUGGCCGUGGUCGUGGAAGGGGAAGAGGUCGUGGUCGUGGAAGGGAUCGGGGAGUAGCUGCUUGAAGUUCUUGUUGCUUAUCAUGUAUAUGUUCAGUUAGAAGGUGUUGCCGCUCUGUUUAGUUCUUGUGAGAUUUACUUUAAUUUUGGUUUAUUUGAAGCGUUCAAUGUUGCAGCCAUGUUCCUGCAGUUUUUAUUAUGAUGUAGUUUCCCCCUCCCUCCCCCUCUGUAAUCUCUAAUUUUGCUUAGUUGGGUAGGUCAAGUUAGAUAUAUUUCCGUUGUUUAAAGAUAAAAUCACAAUUGUAAAAUUUCUUAAUAGGAAUUAUUGCAGCAAUAUUUUUU